AUGCUGAUCGUACCGACUCGUUCUCGGAGCCACCGUAUCUUGCAGGGUCCCCGGCGAGCACGCGAGCCGUCGGUGGCGGAGGGAGGACGCAGGAAUCUAAUGGGGCGGGGGUCGCGUCCUCCGCGGUGCACGUCCAAGUGCGGCAACUGCACCCCGUGCCUGCCGGUGCAGGUGGCCGUCCCCCCGGGGGCUCCCGCCACCUUCGAGUACUACCCCGUGGCCUGGCGGUGCAAGUGCGGCGCCCAUCUCUUCAUGCCAUGA